UUUGUCUAUUAUUCUUUUCUUAAAUAUAUUUUGUGUUCAUUAUGAAAACUCCUUUCGUCGUAUGCUUUACACAAGCAUAAUUUAUCAAAACACACCAACAUAACUACACUCAUCAAAAUCUAUUUAACCACAAACCUAGCCCCCAUAAUUCAUCAAACACACACAACACACACACACACAAUGACCACUCCAUAUCAAAGAAUCCCAAUUCUUCUCACCCUCAUCACCAUCCUCCUCCACUUCGCGCAUUGCCACAUCAUCGAUGAGCACAACGACAUCAACCUGGUCGAGCUCGAGCUCGACCAGAAGGCCAUGAAGCAGAAGAUGAGCCAGUUUCGCCUCUAUUGGCACGACAUCACUAGCGGCAACCCCCCUUCUUCAUUACCCAUCGUGAAGCCCGUUACUAAAACGGGCUUCGGGCAGGUCAACAUGAUCGACAACCCGUUGACCCUCGGGCCCGAGCUGAGCUCGAAGACCGUGGGCAAAGCCCAAGGGUUUUACGGGCUGGCCUCCCAAGAGGAGCUCGGGCUCCUCAUGGCCAUGAACUUCUUCUUCACAACGGGAAAAUACAACGGCAGCUCCAUUACUAUUUUGGGAAGGAAUGCUGUUUUCGAUCACGUGCGCGAAAUGCCCGUGAUCGGCGGUUCCGGGCUUUUCCGAUGGGCCCGAGGAUACGUGCAGGCCCGAACCCAUGACUUUAACCCCAAGACCGGCGAUGCAACAGUUGAGUACACCAUUUAUGUGAUGCAUUAUUGAUUAAUAUAAAUUUUCAAAAAGAAAAAAAGAAAUAAAAAUUGGAUUUUCGUUUCGAGCCAAUUUUUAUACGUUGUAGGGAUUAAAUUAUGUGGAUCUUGACAAAUUUCAGUAUGUUUGUUUUUUGAAUUUUAGGUUGUGAUAUGGUUGGUGGGUGAUGGGAUUUUUGGGCCCAUUUUUUUUGAAAUUUGUCCUUGCUAUAUUGUGCAAUUAUUAAGUUGCUUUUUUUUUUUUUAGUUAUGUGAUUGCUCGUAUUUUUACUAUAA